CCUCUCAUCGAUAUCUUCUCUCAGCCUCACUGUGCGCCAUCCUAAAUUUGGUACAAAACUAAAAACCCUCGUCCUCGCGGACACUCCUUAUACGUCGACUCUUUCGACUAACACCUCUGCCAACCAUCUCGUUUUUGGUUUCUGAUAAUCAUGGGAACAAAGAGCAAUCGACAUGCAUUCUUCAAGUUCUUCUCACCCGAAACUUGUGCAAAUCAAUUGGAAAUUCCUUCAGCCUUUAUUCUAUCCAUCCAAGGAGCUUUACCAAAUAAUGCAAUCCUUAGAGAUAAGUACAGUAAUUCAUGGCACGUGAAUGUGGCAAAAGUUGGGGAUACAUUCUACUUAAAAGAUGGUUGGGCAAAAUUUGUUGGAGAUAAUUUUAUUAAUAGAGGGGACAUGUUAGUUUUCGAAUGCUAUGGUAAAGGCUUGUUUAGUACCAAAAUUUAUGACUCAUCUGGAUGUGAAAAGAAAGGAGUUGGAGCUUUUCGGGCCACUAAUGAGGAGACGAAGGCGGUGAUGGAAGAGGAUAAGGAGGACGAAGGGGACGACGAAGAGCAAGAAGGGACGACGAAGGAUUCAGACGAGAAAGAGGAAGAAGAGGGCAAAGACGAGGAUGAAACUAAUGAUAACGAUGACAAUUAUAUAGUGGUGAGUGAAACAGAUGAUGAAGGAGAGGAAGAGAUUCGUACUAGUAACGUCCACGCUCCGAUCGGGAAACAUGGGACUAGUUCCAACACUAGUGAAAAACAAAGUCGAUGUAGGAGGGUUCCUGAUAUAUAUGGCGCAGAGAUUUUCCGAACUGGAUUGGCAACAUAUCCCAAACAUCCUUAUUUUAUAACCAAAAUUAAUCCGGGACGUAAGGGUGAACUGUAUAUCCCCAUGGACUUGAUCAAAGUUCAGAACCUCAAUCUUCCCAAGGAGAUUUUGCUUCUUGAUCCAAGUGGGAGGAAGUGGAGCGCAAGGCUGAAGCAAUGGAGAGAUGGACGAACAUACUAUAGGGGGGGAUGGAGAAGACUUUGCAAAACGAACUUGAUUGGAGACGACGACCUAUGCAUCUGCGAGUUCAUAAAAAGAGGCGAACGACUUUGUUUAAACAUUAGUUUUGUUCGUGCCAAUCGGGACUAAAGCUACACUUCAAAACGAUCAACAAAGAUCGAUGUUGGUGAAUUGUGUUUGUAUGCAACAAUUUCCACAUCAAAAAGUUGAGAAGUGUACACUUUGUCUUUGUUAAUUUGGUGAAGUAUGCAGAGCAACAUUGGAAAGGUUAAUGGUGAAGAUCAUCUGCAGACUAAUGCUUUUGUAUGGGAAAAUCGCAUUAAUGUUUUGUGCCAUUUGUUAAGGUAUUUUUCUCUA